UUUGUUCCCAUGACAUUGUUGUAUUGUUGUCCUUGUGUCCUUGUUUGGAAUGGGGAAAUUUGGCAAACGAUUUUUCUAACAAAAUGUCAUCCAAACAGCCGCUUGAAUGUUAUAAAAUGUUCCCUCGUUUAUUGGGCAAAAAUAGAUUUUAUGAUUUAAAAUAAUUAGAUUUUGAGUGCGUUUUAAAUCCGUGUUAAGUGAGUAAUUUAUGUUAAUAACAUAACGUACCUAGACUCUUUGCGUUGUCUUUAUGCAAUAAGAGAGGUUGUUUUCCAACUUUCUUCAAAACUUGUUACAACAGUUAAAAAGUCGUCACCCGUAGAAAAUUGUAUCAAAACAAGGCCGUCGGCAAUAUUUUAAGGACCAGGCAAAAACAGAAAACUCGAUAAGCAUGCAAGCAGACGAUCCACCGUAUUUGUCUGUUGGGACAGCCGUUAGUGCUAAAUAUAAGGGUGCUUUCUGUGAGGCCAAAGUCAGCAAAGUCGUACGGCUAGUGAAAUGUAAGGUAACCUAUAAAAUGGGAUUAGGGAAUUCUACACUCACAGACGAGCAAAUUAAAGGUACCCUUAGGGUAGGGCAGCUUGUUCAAGCUAAACAUCCAGAUAGGAAAGAACUGGUCGAGGCUAACAUAACGAAAAUUCAAGACUGUAGCCAGUAUACUGUUGUUUUUGAUGACGGAGAUAUAACAACUCUGAGACGUACAGCAUUAUGUCUGAAAAGCGGAAGGCACUUCAAUGAAAGUGAAACUUUAGAUCAGUUGCCUUUGACCCAUCCAGAACAUUUUGGAAAUCCAGUUGUUGGAGGUAGAAGAGGCAGACGAAAUAGACAGCCAAAGGUACGACGCACUAAAAAUAUGUCUUUUAGAGAAGACAGCAGUGAUGGGGAAGUAGAAGAAGAAAACGAGCCAGAUCUUGAAGCCUACCUGUUGGACCUCAAACGGGUCGUUAGCGUAGAAACUACGGAGAAGAAGAGAAGCAAAGAUAAUUGGUUUCCAGGACUGGUAGUCAUUCCAUCUGCCCAGCCUACCGUUCGCAUCAACAUGAAAGAUGAAUAUUUGAUUAGAUCAUUCCAAAAUGGAAGAUAUUACACCGUACCCAAAAAAGAAGUGACUGAAUUUAAUAGAGAUCUUGCUGAAAAAUUGGAAAAUUCCGUAUUGGCUGAAGCUAUCCAAAAGGCCAUACGGUUCUUAGAUCACAACGAACUUCCCCCGCAUUGGGAGAAGAGCUCUUUGUUUCACUCUCAUAACGUUGAUAGUGAAAGUGACGAAAAUUUCAGUGAUAGCUCCGAUGAUGAACCAAGUGAAGAAAAAGACCGUUUCGUGGCGCAAUUAUACAAAUUCAUGGACGAAGCUGGUACACCUCUCAAUAAAACCCCCACUAUCUCGAACCAAGACAUAGAUCUGCACCGCCUCUUCGGCAUCGUACAAAAAAUGGGCGGUUGCAACAGAGUCACCAAUCAAAACAAAUGGAGAACGGUUACUCUCCGAUUACACCUCCCUGGUAGCCAAAACAUCUUCAACCAAGUCAAGGCGGUCUACAAGAAAUGCCUCUCGAGCUAUGAAACGUUUUACCGCACUCUAGGCGUAACUAUGUUGAAUCACACCAGGCCUACGAAGAAGAACAAGGGGCGGAGCUUGAUUCGCGAUAGAGAUCGAAGCACGCCCAUCAGCAGCCCCGCCUCAGCUCCCGAAAAGGACGAGCCUGCAAUUGAAGAGAAGAAAGAGGUGGUACCAGUAAAGGAAACGCCUCCUCAAGAACCUCUCAAGUCGAAACGCAUCGAGAAAAAGAGGGCGUUAGCUUUGGCUUCGGCCGAAAUCAGCGAUACCAACUCUAGCGAUACCACAGACCAACCCGAACCAUUGAAGGACACGCCUAGACCGAAACGGGAACGUGUCGAAAAAAUCGUGAAGGAAAAAGAAAAGGAGAAGGAAAAGGAGAAAGAGAAAGAAAAAGAGAAGAAGAUAAAAAUUGUCAGUGAGAAAAUAAAAAAUUUGAUCGAGAAGUUUGAAGAGCCGCCCAAAAAGGAAGAGGAGGAAAAGGUGCAGAACACUCGUUCGAAAGCGCAAUCUAAUAAGAAAGAACCGCCCCCUCCGGUACCGGAAAAGAAGCCGGAACCGAAACCCGUCAAAGAAAACAAACCGAUUCCCGUUAAACCAAUCAAAAAACCGGUACCGCCCACUCCGACCGAGGAAGAGAAGAAGAAAGGGAAGAAACGCCCCGCCGACGAAAAACCGGCAACGUUGGAGGGAGGCACCGCCGACAAACAGACGGCGAUCGCGGUGCCUAUUAUUAACAUCGGAGAUAAACUGAAAGUUUUUUACGGAACCUCCACCGAGUCGAAAGUGACUUACGAAGCUAAAGUUAUCGAAAUCGAUAAAGACCAAACCGGCCAGGUGUAUUUGGUACACUAUACCGGCUGGAAUACGAGGUACGACGAAUGGAUUCAACCUCAAAGAAUCGCCGAGAACUUGAGCGCUACUAAGAAAGCGAAGCGUUCCAAACAGCCGAGUACGUCGUCGGCCAGCAGCACCAAGAGCCAAUCGCAAACGCCUAAACCGUUGCCCAAGAGAGCUAGAGUUACUUCGGUAUCGGCGCGAUCCUCUACGACGGAGAUUCCCAGGUCUACGACGCCCUCUAGCGUUACGUCUUCGGGAAGUAGGACGAAGAGCCCGGCGACUCCUGCGACUAGGUCGGCGGCGAGGUUAAGACAAGAUUCAACCAGACGUACUAGAAGGAUAUCAGCCCAAACAGACAUUUCAACUCACACAGAAUCGGAUAGCGAAGGCACCGGAAGCGAUUCUGAAGUGUCCAGAACCAGAAGUCGCUCUAAAUCCGAAAAUGAACCCGAAAUUAAAACGUACCGCAGGCGACCGCCCCGAGCGCCCGUUUUGCCCAAAAUGGAUAAACGCAAGGACCGCGAAGACGGCGGCCCACCAGAGGAUAUAUACGAAAGAACGCGAUCGAGAAGAAGCAAAAAAUCGUCGGACAAAUCGGCGGAAGAGAGCGAAGACGACGGUAAUCCGCCGAAAGGUAGAGAUUUCGAUCUCAACCAAAUCAGAUCCGAGCUCAAAGGUUUCUCCAAAGCCAUAAAACUUCCACCGUUAGAUUCUGUCGACGAUAAAGAAGCGGAAUCCUCAUCCGAUGAGUGUUCCAGUCCACCACCGCUAGAAAAGUCGCCAGAAAUUACGGAUGAACCUAUCGAAAAGAAGGAGAAACCUUUGGAAAAAUCCUCUAGCUCCGAGGACGUUUACGAAUUCAAAGAACCCGAACCGUUCGAGUUCGAAAACAGACCGAAAUUGGGCGACGAGAAGAAACGCUUGGUGACCAGAAUGUUCGAAGACGUAGACAAAACGCCGAAACUGAGAUCGCUCAGCGUGCCGUUAAGAAAACAGGAGGAAAUCGAAGAUUCUGAUGAAGACGACGAAGACGAAGAAGAAACCAUGAUCGCGAUGUCGCCGCCCAAAGAAGAAGAAGAUCCGUUCGAUAAGCUAGUCGAGUCCCCGAGCUUUAAUUUGGUGAAAACCGUGGAUAAAGUCGUAGAAAAUAAAGAGAAGGUCGUCAGGAACAUAUGCGAAGAUUCGUUGAGUCUAUUCAGAGAUCUACCACCGGACGCUUCUGAUGAUUACAGCGGCGACAUGGAGCUAUCCGAUUGCGAAUCUCCAUCUCAAAUAUUCACUACGUCACCGGAAAAAAUGGCUAGCGCGAACAUCUUCGGAGACAGCAACUUCUCCAAACCGUCGCCCGAUCAAAACACUUUGGACAUGGAGUUUUCUUCUUUGGGGAAGACGGACGAAGGGAAGAACAAGGAUAGCGACGAUGAGGAUUCGAUCAGAGAGCAAAUUCAGAGGGUGAUAGCUCAAAGUUCGAGCACCGACGAUGAUAGUGGCGAUGCUCUGGCUAUCGUAGCGCCGAAUUUGGGUUAUCCCUUGAAGAGAGACGAUCCGUUGUCGACAAUGACAGGUAUCUUAGGUAUAAACGUUUGCGAACCCGCGUUCAAGAUGGAGGUGCCUGAGGUUUCCAAAGUGGAGGAAACUAAAGAGGAGGAAAAAGCGCCCGAUGUAUCGCCGAGCGACGAUAAACCUUCAACGUCUAACGACAAACAACACAUAUCGCCAGCUUUGCAAGAAACUGACAGCGCAUUAUUGGAGUCUAUAGUUUCGGAACUGCCCGUAUCUUUGGAUGUUAAGUUGGAGGAGACGGCUAAGGAGUUGAGCAACGUUAAGACCGGUACUAAAAUCGCCGAUUCCAUUUUGCAGAAAUUUAAUUCCAUCAAGAAUGAAAUAGCUGCUAAAAUAUCGCCGAAAAGGGAAAGUGUGGAGAAAGAGGAGGUGGUCAAGGAUGAAGCUAAGGUCGAAAUUGUACCUCCAAAAGAAGAACCAAAAGUAACCCCGGAAGAAGCGAAACCCACCCAAGACGAAAAACCGUCUUUGCCAGAACCUAAACCCGACCAAAAGUCAGAAGAGGACGACGACGACGAAGAUGAGGAAGAAGAAGAAGAGGACGAGGCAGAGGAAGAGGAGGAGGAGGAAGAAGAAAUUCCAUCCCCUCCUAUCGAGGAACCGAUCAAAAAACCAUCGUCCAGUCCGAAAUCUGAUCUAACGGAACUGAAGAAGAGAAAAAAGGUACUCAGCAGGGCUUACAUCGAAGAUAGCGAGACUGACUCCAGCGAUUCUGAGCAAUUGGUCAUAGCGAGAUCAGACGACGAUUCUCAGACGACUUCUUUGGACAUCAAACCGGAUACCAAGGAGAGUGACAGCAGCAACAUAUUUAAUCAACUUCAAACCACCGACGAGUCACAGUCGCAGGAAGAACUCAAUUUCAACUUUGAAACUAAAAAGGAUGAAGUUCCAGUGCCCUCCCCCUCGCCCAUCGAAGAAGAGGUCAAAACCGAAGAAUCCGAAGCGCCCAAAGAAGAGGAUCCCGAUCCCCAUCUUCAUUCGCUUCUUAUCUGCGACGAGGAGAUCCCCAGAAGCCCCGCGCCGCCCAGCGAACCGCCGGCGGUGCAAGAAAACAAGAUGAAGUCGUCCGUUUUGGAGAUGCCCUUCGCCAGCGCUCCCAGUACCAGCAACAACAAGAGCAUGUUUUUGGAGCAGAAGAAGAUGUCGCCGGCGCCAUCUGUCGAGUUGCACGGGCAGCACGGCGAGCGGGAACGCGAGCAUAGAGUGCAAAAUUCUACUGUCUUGGAUAACACGCCUCCUACGACUCCCGAGAGCAGUAUUAGUAAUUUAUCACCUAGAGGCGACAUUGGCGGCCUGUCUCCGACUAUGGGCGACAAUGAAAGCGGCAAGUCGAAUGACAUUGAAUCCGAAUACCCCAGGCAAAGAUCUUCGACACUAAAAGUAUCUCCAUAUAGCGAAGAAGAUACACAAAUGAUGGGCGAAAUGAAGAAACCCGCGUCUUGUAAGAAACGAAGAAAAUCGCUUAGAAAUUCCGAAGAUACGAUGCCGCUGUCGAGUAAAAAGUGCAGAAAAACCAGAUCGAGACACAACAGCGAUAGCGAUGAUACCUCAGAGUAUUCGAAUGCGGAAAGUACGAAAGUUUCUUAUAAUAGAUCAAACAGAUCGCCGAGGCCUUCCAAGUACAACUUUUACGUCGAAUUUGAUCCAACUUUGGACAGUGGACAAAGGAUAGCAGUAUUGCAACAAAAAUUGUCCGAACUGAGAAAGACUUACGCCGAUGUCAAAGCGGAAUUGGCGGCCGUCGAAAGGAGAAGAAAGAAGAUUAGAAGGAGGGAGAGAGAAGCUCUGAAAGCAGCCAAACAGGAAAUGGCCUGUACAUGAUCCAGAACUCCCGGUUCUCGUAAAGUAAUUUUAUGACCAAAAAAGACCAAUAAUAGUUGGUCACGGUUUUUUGUAUAGACAUUAGUUUUUUUGCGGUAGGAGAAACAUAUUUUAUUGUUAGGUUUUAAAAACAAACAGAUGAAUAUAUUAGUCUGAGAGCCGACUGCAAUAAAUCGAAAGGUCAUUAUUUUAGGCAACCAUAGUUUACUCAAAAUAACAAAUUGCGCUGCUAAAUUUUUUAGUGAAUGCAAACAAAGGCAACCCUAGGUAUUGUUAAAGAGGGUGUUGUCAGCUUUAAGAAUAUCUAAGGUUGCCUUUUUGCAUUCCCUCAAUAAACGUAGCGUCCUAGUUAUUUUGACUCUUGCGGAUUUUUGCGGCCCAUUCUUAGUCUGUAUCGAUUUUAAAGCGAUUUAUAUUUUCCAAAGUAUUUGUUAAGGCUGAUAA